GCUUGUUUAAGAUCCAUUUAAAACUAGUGGUAUAUAGAGGAAAAUACAUCAUUUGCAAAUACGUUGUUGUUAUGCUCGGAAAUCUUGAAUUAUGGUUUCAAUUUGUUUUAUAUUUUCAGUAUAAAUAAAAAUGUUUGAGCUUUGCACGGUAUAAGACUAGUGUUGAUCUCAUGUGAAGAAAUCGAAAAAAUGAAGGAUAUAUUAACCAUAGCAAUCACUUUGCUAUAUAUAGGUGAAUUGGUUAGCGGAAGACUGAGAGACGAAGCGAAUGUGGAAUACAUAAACAAUGAAACUACAAUAACGACUUUCGACACUGAACAAAUAUAUAGAUGGAUAAUAGAAUAUCCCACUGGACCUUUUGUGAGAAUCGUCUUCACAAAUGUAUCACUGGAAAAUAAUCAGGAUUGCUCCGAAAAACUACUCAUUAGCAGAACCACUAACAACACAAGAGCGCAAACAAUUGAUCAUCGUUACAAUGGGAGAGUAUUUGUUGUUGAAACGAGUGAGACCAACUUGACCAUGACCUUCUUGCCAUGUCCAAUGGAGAGGAAUACGAGCAGGGGAUUUCGAGCAAUAAUUACAAAACAAGACGUGCCUGCUUGUGUUGCGAAAAGUUCUGUCGAGACGUGGAUGAAUGAACAUCAUAUAUGUGACAGACCGACGAUGAUGCUCACUUCAAUGUCGAUAUUAAACUUUCCAUUCCUGUACACAGAAGAAACGUGGGAGAUAGUUGUUGCUCGCCACCAUACUAUUCAUUUACAUUUUACUGACUUCUAUAUGGAAUGUUUCUUCGGAGGAAAGGGCGACAAGUAUGCACACGCAGAUUACACGAAUGAGAGAAAAUAUCCAAAGUUUGCAAUCAAAGAGUACACGUCGAGUGAAGAAAAGACGUUUUGCAUCACAGACAUUCUAAAUGGUGCUAUAAAAUCGAAGACAGAACACAUUGUUGUAAUAUACCAAAAUUUUGAACCUCUUUCGAUAGUCAGAACGGAAGGAUUUCGGCUCCAGUAUUCAGCUGUAAACCAUUCAUUAGCUAAUAUCACAGAUAGUACGGACAAUAGAUUGGGUAUAUCUUGGCCAAAUUGGAGGAGUGGAUAUUCCAUAGCGUGUUCAGAAACCUAUAUGAGAUGUUAUACAGUAUACCCUUGCAACGAACCUACAAAUUGGGAUUAUGCAAACAAGCACUGCAAGACGAACAAUCUUCGGCUUGUUUCUGUACAGUCAAAAUACGAAAUGAAGUACAUUAACUAUGUUUUACGGGACUUUUUAUACAACAGUGGAUGGGUAUUAGAGAAAGUGAAUUAUACGGCACAUAUUGGCCUGAGAUACUACGAAAAAAAUGGAGAGAAGAAAUAUAUCUGGGAGAAUACUUCACCGGUUACAUUCUCUGCUUGGAAACAAGGGCAUCCCAAAGCAGGCAAAGAAUGUACUCGAAUAAACUUUCUUUACGUUGAAGAAGAUACCUGGGAAUCUGAACAUUGUACCUUGGAAAAAGCUCAGUUUAUUGUGUGUAUGUCACCAAUUGAAGGCAAGGAGGAUACAAUAGUCGAUACCUGUGACGAUACUGAUAGUAUACCGAUCAACGUGACGUAUUCUGGAAAGGUCUGUCAAAGAUGGGACAGGCUAACAGAAGAGGCUAUGCAGCAUUUCGAGGCCCUGUUUCCAAACCAAUACAUUCCAAGUAACGCUUCAAACAACUGCCUUGAUCCAUCUUCUUCGGGGAUAUUUGGAUGUUAUAUCGAAGGCCUUAACAAUACAUGGGAACCAUGUGUUUUUCAACUCAAUGAACCACUUUUAGAAGGAAUACAAACUGGAAACAAUCAAAGCAGUGAUAACCUUCCACUUUCAUGUCGUAAUAGUUCAAACGUAUCUUUGCUUAAACAAUGUGACUGGUCGGUUAAGUGCAAUGGUACCUGGGAUGAAAUUUUAUGCUUUUACAAGAUAAAAGGCCAUCAUCUUAUAGACACAAACCAAUUACAUGCAAGAGACCGUCUACCUUCACGUCUAGUGCAAGGGUCAUUCUACCGUUGCGGAAGCAUGGAAUGGAUAUCGAUUUUGGCUAAAUGUGAUGGUGUUAUAGACUGCAUUGACGCAUCUGAUGAACUUCAUUGUGAAAGAACAAAUGAAGAAUGUGGUGAGAACGAGUUCUCGUGUGGUGAUGGUAACUGUAUACAUAUAAGUAAAGUAUGCGACUUCAUUUCCGACUGCUCUGACUCGAAGGACGAGUUUUGCGGAUUAACACCUUGUGAAAACGACGAAUAUAGGUGUGAUACAUACAAGUGUAUUUCUGAAGAAAAGAGGUGUAAUGCAAUUCCUGAUUGUGUGGAUUUCAGCGAUGAGAGGACUUGUGAUAUAAUGUCCUGUAAACAGUCUUUCCACUGCGAUGGGUUCAGGUGCAUCUCAAAGCAACAAAUUGGCAACUCAAUUCCUGAUUGUGAAGAUGGUAGCGAUGAGAAGUCUUAUUUUCUGUAUUGGUGUUCGUGUGACGAAAUGUGGAAAUCUGGAUAUCAUUCCACUGGGUAUUACCAAUUAGGUUCUUCACCCUGUUUCUGUAACUUCACCUCUAUUGGUCACCCUAAUGGUGAAAUAACAGCAACGAUCAACAUAGAUGAAACGUUACUAACGAGUAGAGGCUACGGAUAUUAUACGGAUGCUUGUGGAGAAAUGACCAAAAAACCUGGCACUGUAUGCUACCUAAAGAUGCGAAAUAGAUGUAAGUUUGCCAUAAAGUCUGCUUUUCUUGUUGAUGAUCAGUAUGUCAGUGAUAAUUCGACGAAUUGCCAGUGCUCGGUUUGGACAUACAGAAUCAAAUGUGAUGAGGGCUAUCGUGACGAUUAUUUUUUCUAUGAUCGUAAUAUAACGUACGAUGAUUUUGAUAAUCUUACGUAUAACAACUACCAUUACGAUGAAGAAUAUAUUGACCACCAGUUUGAAUAUGUCGGACACGAAGGAUGCAAUGGAGAGCACAGAGACAACAUAUCGUCCUUAUACGAUCCGCUUCUACUACUACGCCAAAGUAAAAAACCAUCAAUAGAAAUAACGCCAGAAACAAUCACGUGUAUUUACGACUACAGAGCUAAUGUGACCGAUAGAGAGUUUAAUUGUGACAAUGAGAAGUCGAUACCAAUGUCACUGCAGUGCGUGUAUGACGAGGAUGGUUCUGGUUACAUGACUGGGUGUCGGUCUGGCAGUCAUUUACACAAUUGCACAACGUUUGUAUGUCCAGAAAAUACAGUGAAAUGCCCACAAAGCUACUGUAUUCCUCUUAAAUUUGUUUGUGACGGGAAAGUGCAUUGUCCAACAGGCGAGGAUGAACUUAAUUGCACUUGUUCUGUUAGAGAGAGAGAGGUUAUAAUUAUUGUAGAAGAUACGAAUCAACAAUCAGAUAGCAAAACGGCAGCUGUCAAGUUAGCAGAACAAUUCUACAGCCCCGGCAGUAUCAUUCGAUUAUUACACUUCAAGAAGACUACUGGAAACACGAAGAUUCCUAUAAAACAUGAACUAUUAGAAAUUCGUGAAGAGCGUGUAAUAAAGUUCCGCGCAGAUACACCAGAAACGAACGAUUGCAUUUAUGGAUCAAUGGCUCGGAAUUUACUGCAUAUCUUACGAUUUUCAAGAGCUGAUGGUGUUUUAUUUAUUGAAGACAGUGUGUAUUCAUCUUCUGUUGCCGACCUGAUGUUUUCAAAUCUUUCAAGGCCAUCAUUUUUCACUUACCGUGUCAUCAAAACUAAUGCUUCAACUAACAACAAACCAGACCGGUUUAGGUUUGUGAAAGACAUUCGCAUUAUCAGAUGGGAGGCAUUAUUUUCGAUCGGGUACAGACGUUUUCCUGAAAUAUGCGAAGCUGCGAGUGUUGUUCCCUGCUCAGGGGGAUAUAGAUGUUCGUCAAGUCAGCAGUGUAUACCAUUGGAACAGAUUUGUGACGGUAUUGCUCAAUGUAGCAGUAAAGACGACGAACAACUUUGCGAUUUCAGUUGUCCUUAUAAUUGUUCAUGUUCUGGGUAUUCGGUUAGCUGCCGAGCAGCAAACAUUAAACUAAAACAAGCGUUGGCACUACCAAAAAGCACUAGGAGUGCAGAUAUUAGUUUAAAUCCAGAAAUAUAUAAGCUAUUAGAAGUGGACAAACUACGAUUACAUUUCUUGGUCAGGCUAAAUGUAUCCUCGUGCAGGAUCAGAAUUCUUAGCAAAGAGGCAUUUGCUCAUUUAAACAACCUCGUAUCACUAGAUAUUGGAUAUAAUGAAAUAACUAGGUUGCCAGAGCAUGUAUUCUCUUUUUUGAGACACCUUCGACAUCUAAUUUUGAUUGGUAAUGUUAACAUUCGAGUUAUAUCCUCUACAGCAUUUCAUGGGCUGGAAAACAUUAAUAGUCUGCAAAUAACUGGAACAAAGCUGGAACGAAUUUCUGCAUAUACCUUUUCCAAUUUAACAGUAAAAUUGAUUAACAUUUCAUAUAACAGGAUACAAGAAAUUGAAGAUUUUGCUUUUAAUAAUAUUUCAAUACAGCAAUUAGACAUGAGAGGUAAUGAAAUUUUAAUUUUCAACAAGCACAUUUUUCGCAAUGUAACAUCUCUCCGAGAACUCCGUACACCUGCUUAUAAAUUUUGCUGUAUUCGUCCAUGCUACGUCAAGGAAAGUGAGUGUUACCCAAAAAGGAACGAAUUUUCCUCGUGUGAAGACCUCAUGAGACAUCCAGUCCUUCAGGCAGUGCUAUGGAUAGUAGGGGUAGCAGCAUUAGCUGGAAAUCUUGGAUCGAUUAUUUACCGUUUGGGUUAUGACAGAGCAAGAUUAAAAAUCGGCUAUGGUAUAUUUGUGACCAAUUUGGCCACAGCCGACUUUCUUAUGGGAGUAUACCUCAUUACAAUUGCUGUAGUAGAUUCAUAUUAUCGAGACAGGUACAUUUUCAAGGAUGAGCAAUGGAGAAAUAGCAAAUGGUGUGUCACUGCCGGUAUAUUGUCUACUGUAUCUUCCGAAGCGAGUGUCCUCUUCGUUUGUUUGAUAACCUUAGACAGACUUUUAGUCAUCAAGUAUCCCUUCGGCACCGUCAAAAUUGGACCUAAGAAGGCGCACAUCGUUUGCUGCAUCUCCUGGAUAUUUGCCAUCUCUUUGGCUUUGGUUCCUAUCAUAUUCACUGACAUUUUUCAGAACAGAUUUUAUUCCAGAUCGGGGGUAUGCAUCGCCCUUCCUUUAACGAGAGAUAAGCCUCCAGGCUGGAUGUAUUCGGUUGCUAUAUUUGUUGGCUUAAAUUUUUGUACAUUUAUUCUUGUGGGUAUAGGCCAGUUGGCUAUUUUUAUAGAGCUACGAAAAGCAACAAGCACUAUAAAGAAAACCGAGAGAUCAAGAAAGAAAGAUCUAAAAGUAGCAAGGAACCUCAUUCUUGUUGCAACGACAGAUUUCCUGUGCUGGUUUCCAAUAGGUGUAAUGGGUAUAAUGGCAUUGAGUGGAUACCCUAUCUCUGGAGAUGCUUACGCUUGGACAGCAGUGUUCUUAUUACCACUCAACUCGGCACUGAAUCCUGUUUUAUACACACUCACGGCAAUAAUUGGAAAACAGAAAUUCAACCCAAGUACUGAGGAGCAGAACAGAACAGAACUUCAAAAGGAGACAGGUUCAGCAAUCCUUCAAUUUUACAACUGUGGUAGAUCUAUGGGAAUUAUAAGGGGACCAUCGAAAGGAGAACACAGCGUGCAAGACGUGCUGACAAAAGAAGGGAACAUUCCUGCUGUAGCUGUUGCAGCGAUAAGUCUGAAACUUUCAAAGUACUUGACCAUACUUCUUGACUCUUCCAUCGCUGUAGCUCAAAUAUCGGAAAGAAACACUUACAUUCGAAUGGAUAGGAAGAAGAAGCAAAAUGUCAGAUUGGCACUCGAUUGGAAGUUAUCCGUGGUAGACGACAAAGAAAAGAUACAAAACAAUAUUUACGAGUUUGGUAUUCUUCUGCGACGACUUACUUCGAAACGGAACACAUAAUGAUUGUUCUAACUUUGAAGUAGUAAAAAAGAGAUAACAGAAUUUUCCUUUAUGUAUGUUUUGAACUAUAUACGGCAUAUUUAGGUUUAUUCUUUUAUUCUAUCAGAACAGUUAUACAUUUCUUUUGCCUACUUUGUAAUAUUUUUUUGUAUAGUUCUAUAGGUAUUUUAUGCGAUCAAUUAGAUUGUGUUGUGUUUGAUAUAAACUGUUUAUUCUAUCUUCCAAGUUAUUCGCAAUUUACAAAAGUGAUCGUACACUAUAUAUUUUGUUUUGGAUUGAAUAUAUUCUAUUAAGGACACCGUCGCCGAAAGAAUCUCAACGUCAGUAAACGACUGACGCAGUGUCGUGUCAGUGUACCUAUCGAUUAUCAAUCGUUUCAGUCACCUGGAAUGGAAAUAGACGCAUGCCAGUUUGAAUUGAUUUCCUUUUUAAAGAGAAAAUGAGAAUAAAAAAAAAGUUCAUUUAAUAUCUUCCUGUACAAUAUUUGGUAUAUUUGAACGUGUAUCCAUCCGAAAACUCUAUUGCAAUAUUCAUGUUUCAGAAUGGCGACUUGUCAAAAUAUAUCAUCGUAUUGUACAGUUCAAUAUAAAUAAUUUAUCAGUCUUGAAUUUUAUUUAAUUUUAUGAUUUUACCUAUUAUUGUAUUGUAAUGACUUAUAUUCACUUGAAUUGUAUUGCACUACAUUGUAUUGUUUUGUUUUGUGUUGAGUUCAAUUGUGUUGUGUUCCAUUGUGUUGUGUUGUCUUGUCUUAUGUUGUGCUGUCUUGUGAUAAAUUAUAUUUUAUUUUAUUUUAUUUUAUACUAUUUUAUUGUAUUGUAUUGUAUUGUAUUGCUGUAGCUGUAAAAAGCACGAAGAGCUCAUGACGAGCUUUUAGUAUCGUUGCAGCUACUUUGUUUGCCCGUAUCGUCAUUAACUGGUGUGUUGCAGCUUCAUAGUAGCAUGCCCAAAAUCUGUAAGAAUGCGACAUUUUUUCUGUUUUUCACUCUAGCACCUGAAAUAAUUCCAAAUCCUAAUCAUAUUUGUUCGGGAGGUCUGCAGUGCCCAUAAUUUAUUAUCAAUAUAUGUAUUUCCCAAUGUUGACAUUCUUGCCCCUUGUCUGCAGUACAAACUAUCAACUCUGCUUGCAUUUCAUAUGUCAGGGUAUAGUUAUAGCCCGGCUAACGACCAGGAUAGUCUUUUCAAGUUAAAAUAAAUAAUCUUAAAAAUGUUCAUUGUUUCGCCUUUCUUCUCUGAUCAGAAUUUCCUUUUAUAUUUUAUACCUCUGAUUAUUCCCUCUAUUUGAAUAGAAAGCGAACAUAACUGUAUAAAGUUUGAAUGGCUUCGAGCGUAAACUCCUAUGAACCGUCCUAUGGACUAGGUCUAGAUAAACUCCUAUGAACUCCUAUGGACUAGGUCUAGAUAUGACACUUUUUGUCAAUAGGAUAGGAUUUUUACUACUUUCUUUUGUUUUGUUAUGGUCUUUACAAUAGGAGAAAAUAUACAAGUAUGACGAUUAUAAAGAUUCUCGGAUUUUGUCUGACUUAGUACAGUUCGUUGCACGCCCUUGAUAUAACUACGUUUAGAAUUUUGACACUAUAUUAUGUGUUUGUAUUCACUUGAAUUGUACUUAGCUAUCCUGUAUUUUGUUGUAUUGUGUUUCAUUGUGUUUUGUUGUGUUGCACUGCACUACACUAUUUCAUUACAUUGUAUUGUACAUAUCGUACAUAUUUUGCAUUUUUGUAUCUUGAGAAGAAAGCGAACGUAACUGUUUAAUACUUGAAUUGCUUCAGGGUAGUCUCCCAUGAACCUAACAUAGAUUCUGAAUACAGACUAGGUGUAGAUAUGACGCUUUUGGUUUUAUUACGCUCUUUAUGAUAUUUAUUUAGUGAAAAAAUACAAAUCUGCCGAUUAAAACGAUGAUCGGACAUUGUCCGAAAAAUUAAAGUUUAAUGUCCGCCCAUGAUAAAGCUAGGAUAUAUUUUAUACUGGCUAUAGUGUGGGUGCAAUGUGUAUUCCUAAAUCCAAAUUGAAGCAUUUAUUCUGUAACUAUAUUCUAAGUUUUUUUUUUUAUUUUGUUGCGUUUAAAUCAUGUCAUGCUUAUUUAUGCUUACUUAUAUAUUUUCAAUUUGCAAUUUCACAUUGGUUUAUUUAAACUUGUCCAAAUGAACUCAUUAUAUAUAUAGUUGUUUUAAAACCUCUGUAAAUGAAACAUAUUAAAGGCGGUCAAUCUCGAUUAGGAAACUUGUCCUUAUUUCGUUUUAAUUUUCAUUCUAUUUAUAAUGUAUGAUUAUUUCAUGGCUGUAGGUACAGAUGGGAAUUUCCGGUCUCGAGGGUAACUGUUUAGGCGGUAACGAGGCAUAAUCCAACAGUUACCCGAGAGCCGGAUAUUCCCGUCUGCACCUAUUACCAGUGACAGAAUCGUUUUCGUGCAUUCCGAUUUCAAAUGAUAAUAAUAAUGAUAAGAGCAAACGAAUGGCUUUCUUUUAAGAACUAUUUCUUAUAGCAGCGUAUUUAAACAAAACGCUUGAAACCAACGUCCGUAAACAGAAAAGACGUCAUGACGUUUCAAGGACAAAUAACAAUGUCUAGUUCCGGCUUUGUUUUAUCAGUUGCAGCGUAACAUUAUGAAUCUUUGAUAAAAUAACGUAACUCGAGACAUAUACUAUCAGGAACAAAGAGGAGCUGUCAAGGUACUGGAUUUUCAUUCCGUAUUUCUUUUUUUUUUUUCUUUUUUUUUAAAUAAAAUUGAAAUUACUACAUAAAUCUUCUUCAUACAUGUAGUUCGUAAUACGUCAUUUACUGCACGAGAGUCAUCUUACACCCCGGGAUGUAAGAUGGAGUUUUCCAGCACCGGUGAAAUCACUAGAAAUCCCAGUCUGGUAUGCAAGAAGAGAAAAUGUUUUUAAACAAAAUGACGGUUUUUUUAUUAAUAAAUCUCUUUUUAAAAAAGUGCAUUUACUUUAUCUUGAAUUGAAUCAUUAUAUGAAUAUUAACACUGUUUCUGUCAGGAACAAGAAGAAAGUUUCUUAAAAUCUUAUUGACCGCCUUUAUCAUUAUUUGUUGAAUUGACUUUCUAUAAACUUUUUUUCUAUUUUUUACAUCUUUUUUUGCUUAUUGUGUAUUACAGUUUGAAAAUGUAUGACCUUUUAGCUUACAUGUACCAGAUCCGAAGUUUCAGGGUCAGGUAGUAAACAUAGUAAAGCUGAUUACAUCUCCGUGGACAUUCACAAAACAAACCCUAUAACAUCCGUUAACAGAUUAUUUUGAUAUUCCGUGCUUUCUUUAUUUUACUAUGCCCCACUUCGAAGAAGGAGGGGUAUAUUGUUUUGCAGAUGUCGGUCGGUCGGUCGGUCGGUCGGUCUUACGGUCGGUCGGAAUGUAGACCAAUCCGUUUCCGGAUGGUAACUCAAGAACGCUUGGGCCUAGGAUUAUGAAAGUUGAUAGGGAGGUUGGUCAAGACCAGCAGAGGACCCCUAUUGAUUUUAAGAUUUGUGUAUCAAAGGUCAAGGUCACAGUGACCCUGAAUAGUAAAAAGGUUUCCGGAUGAUAACUCAAGAACACUUGGGCCUAGGAUCAUAAAAGUUGAUACGGAGGUAGGUCAUGACCAGCAGAUAACCCAUAUUGGUUUUGAGGUCAUUAGGUCAAAGGUCAGGGUCACAGUGACCCUGAACAGUUAAACAGUUUCCGGAUGAUAACUCAAGAACGCUUAGGCCUAGAGUCACAAAAGUUGAUAGGGAGGUUGAUCAUGACCAGUAGAUGACCCCUAUUGAUUUUGAGGUCAGUAUGUGAAAGGUCAAGGUCACAAAGACCAGGAACAGUAAAAUGGUUUCGGGGCAAUAACUCAAGAACAUUUUGGCCUAAUAUCAGGAAAAUUGAUAGUUAGGUUGGCCAUGACCAGCAGAUGUCCCUAUUGAUUUUGAGGUCAUUAGGUCAAAGGUCAAGGUCACAUUGGCCAGGAACAGUUGAACGGUUUCUGAUCUUCUUGUCCAAAACCAUAGGGCCUAGGGCUUUGAUAUUUGGUAUGUAGCAAAAUCUAGUGGUCCUUUACUAAGAUUGUUCAGCUUAUUUCCCUGGGGUUAAAUAUGGUCCCACCCCGGGGGCCACAUGGUGUACAUAGACUUAGAUAGGAAAAAUCUUUGAAAAACCUCUUGUCCAAAACCACAGGGCCUAGGGCUUUGAUAUUUUGUAUAUGACAUCAUCUAGUCCUCUACUAAGAUUGUUCAAAUUAUUCCCCUAGGGUCAAAUAUGGCUCCGUCCUUGGGGUCACAUGGUUUACAGAGACUUAUAUAGGGAAAAACUUUGAAAAUCUUCUUGUCCAAACCACAAAGACUAUGGUUUUUAUAUUUUGUAAUGUAGCAUCAUCUAGUGGUUCUCUACCAAGUUUGUUCAAAUUAUUCCUCUAGGGUCAAAUAUGGCCCCGCCCCAGGGGUCACAUGGUUCAUAUAGACUUAUACAGGGAAAAACUUAGAAUAUUCAUGUCCAUAACCUACAUUAUUCAAAUUUGGACCACAUGUAAAGUUUUGAGUGGCAAGAUGAACCUUGACAUGAGUUGACCUUGAUCUUGACCUAGUGACCUUCUUUCACAUUUCUGUAGCUACAGUCUUCAAAUUUGGACCACAUGCAUAGGUUUGUAUACAGAAAAAACUUUGACCUUGUAAUUGACCUAGUGACCUACUUUCACAUUUCUGUAGCUACAGUCUUCAAAUUUGGACCACAUGCAUAGGUUUGUAUACUGAAACAACUUUGACCUUGUUAUUGACCUAGUGACGUACUUUCACAUUUCUGAAGGUACAGGCUUCAAAUUUGAACCACAUGCAUAGUUUUUUGUUCCAAAAUAAAAUUUGAUUUUGAUUUUGACCUAGUGACCUACUUUCACAUUUCUCAAGCUACAGCCUUCAAAUUUGAACCACAAACCUAAUUUUGUGUACUUAAUUGAACUUUGAUCUAGUGACCUACUUUCACAUUUCUCAAGCCACAGCUUUCAAAUUUGGACCACAUACACAUUGUUUUGUACCGAAAUGAAAUUUGACCUUGAUUUUGACCUUGAGCUAGUCUUGAAAUUUGGAACAUUCAAAAAUGGCUCAGUGGAUGGCGCCAAGGUCACUUUGUGAUCUCUUGUUAGAUUAAUAGGUUAAAGGUCAAGGUCAGAUUAAACCAGAAUGGUAGCUCUUGUUCGAAUGGAAAUGUUCAACUGCACUAAGUGACCAACAAUCUAAAAACCCUUAAACGACUCAUGCACAUCUUUUAGAUCAUCAUCAAACCUAAAGAAUCUGUCAUAAACCUGUCUGAAUUAGUGAAAACGGUCCCUUUCUUUCGCAUUAUCAUGGUCACGCAGUCUCUGUAUCAUUCUUGCAUUGACCUUUCUAUGAAGAUAUUUGGUUUAAUUCCACAACUUCAGGGUCUUAAUUGUACAUUUUUCUUAAGACCAUCACUUUGAUUUGGGAAAUAUCUGAGCUCUUGUCGCCUAAAAACUGAUAUUAUUUUCCAUAGAAAUCCUUCUUUCUCCUGAUAACUACGAAACCUCUUUUCAAUGGGAAAGUAGCAUGUAAAAAGUUAUGUUACAGCAUAAUAAAUAUACAUUUAUCAGAUGACUUAACAGGCUUAACGACUAGUCAUGGAAAAAUUUGUAAUCACAUAUAGAUGUCAAUUGUCUUAUACGACUGGACAGGCGUAACCACAUAAAAAGAUCUUAUAUAACUGCCUGACUAGAAGCCUGUUGCUGUUAAAAGUUAUGACACCACAUAAUGAGGUUAACCUUUCGUAAUGUAUGUCUGGAUAUGCUGGAUUUGCAAUCAAAUCUCGGAGCGGCUUCACAAAAUUAGCCUUAAUAGGUUUGCUGGAUAUUAAUAUUUGUACCACUGUUUAUGUUUUAUAUUUAUUUAUAUUACUUUCUUCGUGUAUAAAUUUCCAAUAUGCUGCCAUAUUCAGGCACGGAUCCCAGAUGGCUGAGAAGUGACCUAUACUCAUAAAAGAUAACCUACUUUUUUGGCAAAGGACUAACUUCUUCUCAAAAUUUAGACCCAGAAACGCACCAGAGGCCACCAUUUAAUACCUGUAUAUCAAACAUUUCCAGGGGAGAGCCCCCUGACCCCGCUAUAAUGAGGGGAGUACAGCCACCAAUAAAUACACCAGAAGCCACCAUUUCAUACCUGUACUUCAAAAAAAAUCAAGGGGGAGAAACCACUGACCACCCUAAUAAGGGCAAAGGCAACCCUCGAAUAUGACAUCUUUGUUCUAGAAUGGUGCCCCCCUAGUCAAAAAAAUCUGGAUCCGGGCCUGAUAUUUAUCUCAGUGUUAGAUAUUGUUGUUGUUUUUUAAGCUCACCUGUCACGAAGUGACAAGGUGAGCUUUUGUGAUCGUGAUUGUGUCCGUCGUCCAUCGUCCGUGCGUAAACUUUUCCUUGUGACAUCUCUAGAGGUCACACUUUUCAUGGGAUCUUUAUGAAAAUGGGUCAGAAUGUUUAUCUUGGUAAAUUCUAGGUCAAUUUCGAAACUGGGUCAUGUGCCUUCAAAAACUAGGUCAGUAGGUCUAAAAAUAGAAAAACCUUGUGACCUCUCUAGAGGCCAUAAUUUUCAAUGGAUCUUCAUGAAAAUUGGUCAGAAUGUUUAUCUUAAUGAUAUCUAGGUCAAGUUUGAAACUGAGACAUGUGCCUACAAAAACUAGGUCAGUAGGUCUAAAAAUAGAAAAACCUUGUGACCUCUCUAGAGGCCAUAUAUUUCACAAGAUCUUCAUGAAAAUUAGUCAGAAUGUUCACCUUGAUGAUAUCUAGUCAAGUUUGAAACUGGGUCACGUGCCUUCAAAAACUAGGUCAGUAGGUCAAAUAAUAGAAAAACCUUCUGACCUCUCUAAAGGCCAUAUUUGUCAUGGGAUCUGUAUUAAAAUUGGUCUGAAUGUUCAUCUUGAUAAUAUCUAGGUCAAGUUCGAAACUGGGCCACGUGCGGUCAAAAACUAGGUCAGUAGGUCUAAAGAUAGAAAAACAUUGUGACCUUUCUAAAGGCCAUAUAUUUCAUAAGAUCUUCAUGAAAAUUGGUCAGAACGUUCAGCUUGAUGAUAUCUAGGUCAAGUUUGAAACUGGGUCAUGUGCCAUCAAAAACUAGGUCAGUAGGUCAAAUAAUAGAAAAACCUUGUGACCUCUCUAAAGGCCAUAUUUUUCAUGGGAUCUGUAUGAAAGUUAGUCUGAAUGUUCAUCUCGAUGAUAUCUAGGUAAAGUUUGAAAGUAGGUCACGUGCCUUCAAAAACUAGGUCAGUAGGUCAAAUAAUAGAAAAACGUUGUGACCUCUCUAAAGGCCAUAUUUUUCAAUGGAUCUUCAUGAAAGUUAGUCUGAAUGUUCAUCUUGAUGAUAUCUAGGUCAAGUUCGAAACAGGGUCAUGUGCGGUCAAAAACUAGGUCAGUAGGUCUAAAAAUAGAAAAACAUUGUGAUCUCUCUAGAGGCCAUACCCUUGAAUGGAUCUUCAUGAAAAUUGGUCAGAAUGUUCAUCUUGAUGAUAUCUAGGUCAAGUUUGAAACUGGGUCACAUGCCUUCAAAAACUAGGUCAAUAUGUCAAAUAAUAGAAAAACCUUGUGACCUCUCUAGAGACCAUAUUUUUCAAUGGAUCUUCAUGAAAAUUGGUCUUGAUAAUAUCUAGGUCAAGUUCAAAACUGGGUCACAUGAGCUCAAAAACUAGGCCACUAUGUCAAAUAAUAGAAAAAAAUCGACGUCAUACUCAAAACUGGAUCAUGUGGGAAGAGGUGAGCGAUUCAGUACCAUCAUGGUCCUCUUGUUUGUAUUAUUGACAAAUUAAAAAUUAAAAUCUGAAAAUGUAAAAAAACAAUUGACUACUCUGAGAUUCAUUCAAGUUUAGGUUGACAUUUUGGAAUGGCUGUAAUCUCUUUUCUUACUUGAAUAAAAUUCUGGGAAAAAAAUA